CUGAUCCAGCGCGCUCCCCGCGCUGUUCCUACGGUACCUGUGAACAAACUAAUUAAAUGGCUCACCCACUACGGGGGUCUUGCCAACACACGGCUCACCCAUUACGGGUUCUUGCCAACACACGGCUCACCCAUUACGGGUUCUUGCCAACACACGGCUCACCCAUUACGGGUUCUUGCCAACACACGGCUCACCCAUUACGGGUUCUUGCCCAGUCACGGCUCACCCAUUACGGGUUCUUGCCCAGUCACGGCUCACCCAUUACGGGUUCUUGCCCAGUCCUGGCUCAUCCACUACGGGGGUCUUGCCAAUUCACGGCUCACCCAUUACGGGUUCUUGCCCAGUCACGGCUCACCCAUUACGGGUUCUUGCCCAGUCCUGGCUCAUCCACUACGGGGGUCUUGCCAACUCACGGCUCACCCAUUACGGGUGUCUUGCCCAGUCACGGCUCACCCAUUACGGGUUCUUGCCCAGUCACGGCUCACCCAUUACGGGUUCUUGCCCAGUCACGGCUCACCCAUUACGGGUUCUUGCCCAGUCACGGCUCACCCAUUACGGGUUCUUGCCCAGUCACGGCUCACCCAUUACGGGUUCUUGCCCAGUCACGGCUCACCCAUUACGGGUUCUUGCCCAGUCACGGCUCACCCAUUACGGGUUCUUGCCCAGUCACGGCUCACCCAUUACGGGUUCUUGCCCAGUCACGGCUCACCCAUUACGGGUUCUUGCCCAGUCACGGCUCACCCAUUACGGGUUCUUGCCCAGUCACGGCUCACCCAUUACGGGUUCUUGCCCAGUCACGGCUCACCCAUUACGGGUUCUUGCCCAGGUCACGGCUCACCCAUUACGGGUUCUUGCCCAGUCACGGCUCACCCAUUACGGGGUCUUGCCCAUACGGCUCACUCAUCAUGGGGUCUUGCCCUUAUACAAGGUACCACAUAG